AUGUUUCUUUGUUGCCAUCGCUGCUGUCAGUUUGCAUUGUGCCGAUGUUGCCACCAAUCUUCAGUGUCAGAAGAAGACACCUCUGCCAGUGGAGAAUCUGAUGAGGACUCCUCCGUUCGUCCACUCAAAGACGCAGAAGAAACUUCAGUUGAAACGUCUGAAAGGUGGAGCAAUUUGGAACUAGGUGCCCUGUCCGGAUCUGUGACUGCAACGCGCCCGCAGGAUUGUAGUGAAGAAGAAGAAGAUUCAGAAGACAAUGUGGAGGGUCACCAGUUUGAGGUGGAAACAUUGUCGCAUCCUGGAUGGUGCAGUCAGUGCGAUACGUUCUUGGUGGGCCUUUGGCACCAAGGGCAGAAGUGCUCACUCUGCCAUAUGUUGACUUGUCACAACUGUGCUGAAGUGGCUGGACCUUGUUUGGCAAACCGAAUGAGGAGUGCAGAAAGCCGCGAAGCAGAGUUGCGGAGAAGGAUCCAAGAACUGGAAGAAUUGCUGGCCUCAAGAGGCGGCACUGGAGUAGCCCUGCGGCCUUGCAGAGGUUCCAAGGACACCAAGCUUCAGCAACUUCACCAGAGGUUCUUGAAAGAAGCUUUGCAGGUCCCAGACGUGCAGGUUGAGGACUACUUGCAGACACAGCCGCUGUAUAGCUCAGAUUUGGGCAUCACAUUGAAAGAAGUCACGACAGCGCUUUUGCAGCCAUCGUUCUUGGAAAGGGUUAUUCAAGCAGAUUCUGGCGGCUUUGACAUUACUGCCUCGCCUUGGGGGCCAGCUCAACAACCGCAUCAUCGACUUCGUUGCCUCAAAUACAAAGUGCCAAUUCCUUCUGAUUUGCCGAGUGCCGUGCUCUCUGUGCUUACUCUUCCCAAGUAUGGGACCUGCAGAGCCCUUUGCCGGCUAAACAUGCGAGCCAACGAAGUUGUGUUGACGCUUCAGUUCGUAGCGGAAGGUUUGCCCUUCAGUGAUUCGGUUCGGCUGCAGGUGACAGAUGCCUUUGUGCCCGGGAAGAAUGGAAGAGGAUCGACCUUGCGAAGAUGGGCAGCUGUCUUUUGGAUCAAGGAGUUGCCAUGGGCGCUUCGUUUCUUGAAGACUGUUGUGGUCUCCCAAG